UACAACCCCUACUUCCUGGAUACGAGCUCAGAAAGAAAGUAAAAAAAAAACCCAGCCAGUUUGGAUUUGUUAUUAUUAUCUUACACAGUUCCCUUGUACCUGUAGCUUCAACACGCACGCAGACGAAACAUUUCAGGGAUAAAUAGACUUUUUAAUAUCGCGAAAGUACCGAUGAUGACGUAAAGGACAAGGAAGGCGGAGGACGCAGAAGUCGCAGAGUGAGUUUCCUUUCCCCCCAGAGCGCCACGUCACUGACCGACGGAGAAGUCAGUAAAAAAAAACCCACCCAGGGUUUAGGCCGAGCCCCCGCCCCCGCUCCGGACCAGGGAUUAGACUGCCUCACUUUCAGCGUGCUGCUGUGUUGUUUUCUUACCGAGAAGGGGGCCGGUGGACAAGCUGCUCAAGAUGACGGCGUCCAACUCGGGUCUUAUAAUGAACGUGGUGAACAGCAUCGUCGGCGUCAGUGUGCUCACCAUGCCCUUCUGCUUCAAACAGUGUGGGAUAGUGCUGGGAACAAUACUGCUGUUCUUCUGUUCCUGGAUGACCCACCACUCUUGCAUGUUCCUGGUGCACACGGCCAGCAACACCAAAAGAAGGACCUAUGCUGGAUUGGCCUUCCAUGCUUACGGGAAACCGGGGAAAGCACUGGUGGAGAUGAGUAUGAUCGGGUUGAUGUUGGGGACCUGUAUUGCCUUCUACGUUGUCAUCGCAGAUUUGGGCUCAAAUUUCUUCGCUCAGCUGUUGGGCUUACAGGUGACUGGCAGUUUUCGCGUGGUGCUGCUGAUCGCCGUGUCCCUGUUUAUCGUGCUCCCACUGAGUCUGCAGAGGAACAUGAUGUCUUCCAUCCAGUCCUUCUCCGCCAUGGCUCUCAUCUUCUACACCCUCUUCAUGUUCACGAUAGUGUUGUCGUCUCUGCGCUACGGCAUAAUCUCGGGCUCCUGGGUGGAGCGGGUUCACCUGUGGCGCUUCAAGGGCGUCAUUCAGUGCCUGCCCAUUAUCGCCACAACCUUCUGCUGUCACCCGCAGGUGCUGCCGACGUACGACAGCCUGGACGAGCCGUCAGUCAAACGCAUGAGCACCAUCUUCACCUCGGCCCUCAAUGUAGUCACCAUCUUCUACAUCACCGUGGGGUUCUUUGGCUAUGUCAGCUUCACAGAUAACAUCGCGGGCAACGUGUUGAUGAACUUCCCCUCAAACCUGGUGACAGAAAUGAUCCGCGUGGGCUUUAUGAUGUCUGUGGCCGUAGGAUUCCCAAUGAUGAUCUUGCCUUGCCGUCAGGCCAUCAACACCAUGCUUUUUGAGCAGCAGCAGAAGGAUGGGACGUUCGCUGCCGGGGGAUACAUGCCUCCUCUGCGCUUCAAGAUGAUCACCCUCUGCAUUGUGUUUGGUACCAUGCUGGGAGGCAUUCUCAUCCCCAACGUGGAAACCAUUCUGGGUCUGACUGGAGCCACCAUGGGCAGUCUCAUCUGCUUCAUAUGCCCAGCUCUCAUCUAUAGGAAAAUCCAGAAGAAUGGCUUCAUCGCUCAGCUGGUGCUUUUGGUGGGACUGGGCAUCCUGCUGAUCAGCACACUUACCACUCUCUCCAUUUCGGCAAGGAGCCCUGGCACCAGAGUCCAAGUCCCUUCUCCUGCAGCACCUAAGAAGAUCCCGCUGCUACCGGACGCCCAUGAACUGCACGACAAUCCUGCAAACAAGAAGCCAGUGGAAAUAGAGAAGCCGGACCUCCCAGCUGUGGCGUUGGUAGACCCUGUGGAGAGGGGCCAGGCCGAGCCCCCCCAGAUUAAAGGACCAGUGGAAUUACCUGAGGGGAAGAAGGGGGAAGAGGUGCAGUUGGACCGUCCUGAUGCUGGUGUCGCGGUGCCAGAGGGAGAGGCCCAUCGCCACGAACCACCCAUCCCUCAUGAUGAGGUCAAAAUAGAGACAAGGAAGGAGGAAGAGAAACAGAACGUUGGAGGAGAAGAGGAAGAACCCCAAAGAGAGGGAGAGCACGGUGUAGGGGACCCUGUGAAGAUAGAGGACAAAAAAGAUGAAGAGAACCCGAAGCCUGCAGAGGCUGUUGUGCGGAAAGAGGAAGUGGAUUUGGGAGGAGGUGAAGUCCUGUCCAAUGAGCUGCUAGGGAACCAGGUGGCAGAAGAAGGCAAAAAGCAGGUCGUCGCUCCUCCAAAGGAAGGGGAGAAUUUCGAUCCUCUGGCAGGGAACGCAGGCGUGGUGGCCAAUCAGGCCGCAGUGGUAAAAGUGGGCAAAGCUCCAGAUGCUGCAGGGAAACCUCCGCUUCCUGAAGGAGAGCAACGUCCUGCUGCAGAUGAUGCUCCAGCUGCAGACAGCAAAGACACAGCAGAUGAAAAGAUGGAGGAGGGCCAGCUCGACCAUGCCGUGCUACUGCAGGUGAUUAAGGAGCAGCAAGAGCAGCAGAAGAGACUUCUAGACCAGCAGGAAAAGCUCCUGGCCGUCAUAGAGGAACAACACAAAGAAAUCCACCAGAAACAACCCGCCGGUGCUGCUGAAGGGGAGGCGGAGAAAGGCAUCCAGGAGCAUUUGGAGGUGAUGGAAGGUGGCGCAGCAAAGUCCAAAGACUCUGGGCCGGCCCCCGACCAUCAGCAGCCCAAGGAGGCAGCAGGAGGUGAAGCUGGAGCUCCUCAGGGUGGAGUGGUUGGGCCUCUUGCUGUGGCCCAGAAUCAAGCUCAGGCUGUGGAGAAAGUGUCCGGCACAUCUAAAGAAGCUGGUCCAGCUGCUUACAAGGAGGAUGUCCAUGUUGUACCAGGAGGAGAAUCUCAUAAACAUAUUGAGUUGGGAGCGAGGGGUGUGCCACUGGGAAAGAAAAGACCUGAUGAGCAUCCGCCUGUGCCUCAGCCUGUUCAAAAGGUAGCUCAACCUAUAGAUGAAGAAAGAAGCCAACACAAUGAAUACCAAAAAAUUGAAAAUGCUAAACAGAAAGAGGUUAAGGCAAGACUGGAAAACAAAGACAGGGAGGACUCAGAGAAGGAACGAGUAGAUCAAGAAAUAAUUGAGAAAGAAGUGCAGGCAAGGCUGGAAAAAGAACGACUGAUCAAAGAGCAGCAGUUGGAGAAGGAAAGAGUAGAGAGAGAAAGAGUGGAGAAAGAAGUGCAGGCAAUGGUAGAAAAGGAACGACUGGAAAGGGAGAAAAGGGAGAGGCUGGCCAGAGAAGAGGAGCUAGAGAAACACAGAGCAGAAAGAGAGAAACUGGCACAGCAGGAAGCUGCAGAAGAGAGACUCCAGCAGGAGCUGCGGAAAACAGACAAUGAAAUACAUGAGAGAGCGAGGAAAGAGAAGGAGGCAGGGGAGGCUCGGGAGAGGCUGGCCCAGCUGAAGCGGGUCAUAGAAAGCCAAAAAGCUGAAAAGGCAGCACAGGGGGCUGAUAGAGACGGCGAAGCUUUGAAGAGUGGAGGACGAGACCUCAAAGAGAAAGAUGUUUCUGAGGCACGCCCCGGAGAAGGUGAGGAAGACGGAGCUGUCAAAGCCGAGGCUCACCCCCAGGGCUCCCACGAGAAAGCCAGGGACCAGGGAGAGAUGGAUCUAAGGCGGAGGCGUAGGGCAGUUGGACCCAAAGAGGCUGGGGUGCCCCCAGAGGAGGCCGGGGUGGCCAGGGGGGUGCCUGGCCUGGAGCCCCUGCUGAAGCUGGGGGGCUCAAACCUGCACGCGGCCCUGGAGGAGCAGCUACUGGCCGGGGCAAUGGUGCACUCGAGGCAGAUUAAACAGGCCUCAGAGGACAAGGGGGAGAAAUAACUCACAUCAGACAAACACAGCAUCUCAUGUAAUGGUCAGACACCAAGCUCACACAUGCUGGUUUACCUGCAGGACCUUCUGAUGCUGUGGACCAUGAUACCGCUGCCUUACAUUCUCUCUGUACACUGUGGACAAAGAAAUAGUUUCUUCUUGUGUCAUCUGAAAAUAACCCAAAGUCUUUAUUAAGAGAGAAAAGUGUAUAUAAAUAUUAACUUAUUUUCAUCUUGUGGCGGAGAAUUCUGAGGGAUUAAUUGUUGAAAUGUAUAUAAAUCUAUGCAAAUACCAUGUUGUAUGGAGUGUUUUGACAAUGCAAAAUUAUAGUUUGUAUGUGUAUCAUCAUACAUGUUUGAGUUUUUCCUCAGAGUUCUGGUCAAUUUGUGUUUAUCCAUGACUCUAAGAUGUAAAUAUUGUAAAUCUGUUGUGAUCACUAUUUGGCCCUUUCGUUUUGCCUAAGUUUCAAAUGAAAGUCCCCGAAUUCAACCUCAUGCUGGAGCUACAAGGUGCACAGUGAAACCUUACUCUUUGACCAACUGGAUUAUUAAGCAGCUUGAUCGAGACUAUCUGGAUCAUUGGUUCCCAUAUUCCAUCUAUUCCUUUUUUUUAUUCAUUAGUGCCUUCUUAUCCAUAUGCUGCAGUAGUGAUGCUUCUUAAGUCAUUUGUGGUCUUCGUCUUCUUGACCCCUCUUACUGUAAAUGCUGCACUAUUUUUAUUUUGAUAUGCAAGAUUUGUACAUUUUGUUCAGGAAAGUAAUCCAACUUUUCUGAAAAAUUCCUCCAUUUCCGUCAUUUCGUACUUCAACCCUCGUUGGACCUUUGCUUUGUACAAGAGGCUAUCUGACUAUUUUUCUAUGUGCAAUGUAUUUUGGUACAGGCUGGUGAUGUGUAUGAAUAAAGUAUCUAUUUCGA